UGCCCAAUCAGCUCUCUCCGCUCCACUCUGCUGCCCAAUCAGAGCCCGCGCAUCCAGCUGACAACAGUUCAACAUGGAGACCACAGUGGAGCGGCUGGAAGCGAUGUUUGUGAAGUCUGAGGCGGACUUGGAGUACAUUGAGAAGCGUCUGAAGCUGGACUUCAUCAACAGACCAGCAGGGACCGGAUCAACUGCUGAGGAGAACCCGGCGGUGAUGCUGGAGAACCUGAGAACCAUCAGAAGCAAACACUCAGAGCUCAGCACUCAGCUGAAGGAGAUCUCUGCUGCCCAGAGCGAGUCCAUGAAGAACAUCAGAUCAAGCCUGAACUCUGUGAGCGAGCUCAUCCAGAACCUGCAACACAACCAGGACCUGAAGGCGGAGCCGCUGACAGAGGAGGAGAAGAAGGCAGCGGAACUGAUUGGAUCCUUUUUAACAGACGCCAAAUCACAGAUUUCUUCUUCUGCAUCUGAACAGCAGCCACAAUCAGCUCAAUCAGCAUGCAGACGAUGAAGAUGAAGGCUCUGUUGUGCUAAACCUCUCCAUGGUGUAGCUGAGUAAGGGGGCAGCUGAAAUCUGCAGGGGCGGGGGGGGGGGGGGGGGGGGGGGGGUCAGUCCAUGUGUUUGUUGAUUCAGCAGUCAUGCCAUUAUGUUUUCAGUCACUCCUUCACUGUCUCACUUUAGAUCCACACACCUCGCAGGAACCAAACACAUCAGUGUCUGACUCUCACCUGCAUGCUCCUCCCCCCUCCGUGAUCUUCUACUCCUCUUCCUCACGCUCAGAAACGUGUUCAGUGUUCUUGUUUCAAUGUUUUCAUUUAUAAAUAUAAUUAAAGGUUUCCAGAGAAAUGUUUGAAAUAUGAAAUUCUCCUGUUGGAGCUUUUAUUUUGAAAAGGUUCAAAUGAUCCACAGACUAAGAUGUAUGACAGAUCAAUAAAGUAUUUAGAAAACGGUUGUUGUUUAUGGAUGAGGUAGCGUGCAGUCUGAAGGGGGCGACAGCGAGCAGUUUGUGUUUCUGUGAUGAUGAGAAGAGUAAAAGACAAAGCAGGAUUUUCAGUUAUUGAGGUCACUUCAGAGUGAACUCUGGGUAUUCAGUACUACGAAGGUGGUUCACGUCCUUCCGGGUUAGAUCCCCAUGGUAAGCAGUGUUAGGUGUUAGGAUGAGAGAUCAACUUGUAUCAACCUCCGCCCACUGACCAAUCAGAGCUCUCGAUCGUGGCGCUCUGUAAGCAGAUCAUGAUGGGGAGGAGGGAGAGGGACCGACAAAACGCUUCCAUCUGAUUGGACAUGAAUGAAAGUCACUCGUUUUGCUUUACUUUUAUCAUCCUUUAAUGGAGGCUGAAAAAGCUCAGGAGCCUUGGAGAUGUGUUUAUAACAUUUAAAUUAUGAGUACUGGUUGCUUUGAAUUAUAUAUUUUAAUAUAAAUGUUUAUUAACUCCAUACCACUCUGUUAACGUUGGGGCUGCAGCUGAAUUGUAACGUUUAAAACUCCUAAAUGCCACAAGAAUACUGAGCAGUGAAUACAAUCAAGGGGAAUAAACUUGAGCUUUUCUUUUUCUGCCAUUUCCUCCAGUUUGUAAAUGUGGCUGUUUUGAUUUUAGUCUGUAGUAGCCUAAAUGUUUAACUUCAUAUUUUUUGAUUAUCAGUUUGUGAUUAAAGGCGAUGUGUUGACAGCAGACUUGUGCAUGUCUACAGUUGGUCGUACGCUGCUUACACCCGCCCUUUCAUGUGAAGCAGUCAAGUUGAUAACCAGCUUCAUGUGAUCUCUGAAGCAAGCAAGACCAGGAAAAGUUAGCCUGGUUAUGUUGAACUCGCCUCGUAGUACACGCCCCCCCAGAAGAGGGUUUAUGAUCUCCUCUCACCUACAGGUGUGUAGUGUUCUGUAGACUGAGGUGUUUGUGAUGUUGGGAGGAAAUGUAUUCUAAUCAUGUUAAACAUCUGUGAUCAGUGUUCUUCUAAAGAGAGGUCAGGUCAGAGAGAAAAAAAGAGCUUCUUUUGACUUUUGCUCUACUUUUAUUGAAACCUUGUCAAACAGAACAUUGUGUAAUAAAACCUUUUUU